AAGACUGCGCCGCUGCUUUGGGAUUGGUAGCCGAGCAGUGUGUCGCGCCUUUUCCGACGAUGCGAACAACAUGGCGGCGGAAAGUGGUAGCGACUCGCAGCAGAGACGGAGAAGGCGCCGGGACCCGGAGGAAUCGGAAAAAACAGAACUCAGCGGAAGGGAGCUGGCAGUGGCAGUGGCGGUGUCCCAAGAGAACGAUGAGGAGAACGAAGAGCGCUGGGUUGGGCCUUUACCUGUGGAGGCAACACUGGCCAAGAAGAGGAAAGUCUUAGAGUUUGAAAGAGUCUAUCUUGAUAACCUCCCCAGUGCAUCCAUGUAUGAGCGCAGUUACAUGCACAGAGAUGUUAUCACCCAUGUCGUAUGCACAAAAACAGAUUUUAUUAUUACUGCCAGUCAUGAUGGACAUGUCAAGUUCUGGAAAAAAAUAGAAGAGGGAAUUGAAUUUGUUAAACAUUUUCGUAGUCACCUGGGAGUUAUUGAAAGUAUUGCAGUUAGCUCUGAGGGAGCAUUGUUUUGUUCUGUGGGUGAUGAUAAAGCAAUGAAGGUGUUUGAUGUAGUGAACUUUGACAUGAUCAACAUGCUGAAACUUGGCUAUUUUCCUGGACAGUGUGAGUGGAUCUAUUGCCCAGGGGAUGCAAUUUCUUCAGUUGCUGCUUCUGAAAAGAGCACAGGAAAAAUUUUCAUUUAUGAUGGCCGAGGAGAUAACCAGCCACUUCAUAUUUUUGACAAACUCCAUACAUCACCUCUUACUCAGAUACGACUAAACCCAGUUUACAAAGCAGUAGUGUCUUCUGACAAAUCUGGGAUGAUUGAAUACUGGACUGGGCCUCCUCAUGAAUAUAAAUUCCCCAAAAAUGUGAACUGGGAAUAUAAAACUGACACUGAUUUAUAUGAAUUUGCCAAGUGUAAGGCUUAUCCAAGUAGCAUAUGUUUUUCACCGGAUGGGAAGAAAAUAGCUACUAUUGGUUCCGAUAGAAAAGUUAGAAUUUUCAGGUUUUUAACUGGAAAACUCAUGAGAGUCUUUGAUGAAUCACUAAGCAUGUUUACUGAACUGCAACAGAUGAGGCAGCAGUUACCAGACAUGGAAUUUGGCCGACGAAUGGCUGUAGAACGUGAGUUGGAGAAGGUUGAUGCUGUAAGAUUAAUUAAUAUAGUUUUUGAUGAAACUGGACACUUCGUGCUGUAUGGAACAAUGCUGGGCAUUAAAGUUAUAAAUGUAGAGACAAACCGGUGUGUGCGGAUUUUAGGCAAACAAGAAAAUAUUAGAGUGAUGCAAUUGGCUUUGUUCCAGGGGAUAGCCAAAAAGCAUCGUGCUGCAACUACUAUAGAGAUGAAAGCUUCUGAAAACCCCGUUCUUCAGAAUAUUCAAGCUGACCCAACAAUAAUCUGUACAUCAUUCAAAAAGAAUAGAUUUUAUAUGUUUACCAAACGAGAACCAGAAGAUACGAAAAGUGCAGAUUCUGACCGAGAUGUUUUUAAUGAGAAACCAUCUAAAGAAGAAGUCAUGGCAGCUACUCAGGCUGAAGGACCUAAACGAGUUUCAGAUAGUGCCAUUAUCCACACCAGCAUGGGAGACAUUCACAUCAAACUUUUUCCUGUUGAGUGCCCUAAGACAGUGGAAAACUUCUGUGUUCACAGCAGAAAUGGUUAUUAUAAUGGGCAUACAUUUCACCGUAUAAUUAAGUGGAAAAGAACAGGAAAAAUAUACUAUGGAAGCCAAAGAAAGACUGGAUGGUCAUGAAUGUCAGCAUCUAGAAUCAACAGGAAUAGUGGCAUGACUACCUGUUUAGAAACACUGAAGCGAUAUUUUGUCAACAGCUAAAGUAAAGGGUAAGAUAAUGAAUAAAGGGUCAUGUUGAGAUAACACUAGUAACCUAGGUAACCUGUUUGUAGUGGCUAGACAGGGUCUGGAUCUAGAAGAUAGGAUUUUUCAAUCAUAGAAGAGCCACAAUGCUAUCUGAUCUGUGAGAACCAGCAAUAUACCAGAGGAGGAGAGAGAACUCAGUCCCUGAAUUUUGUUGAGCAGCUCUCCAUAAAGUGUAUGGGGCAGAAAUACAGUUCUUGGUUACUGGCAGGUCAGCAAUGGCAGGACGAAAAGUCAGAUCUCAGGAUGCUAAAGGAAUUAGCAAAAAGGCUUUCCAGGAAAUCAUACAGAUCCUGAAAUUUAUAGUAUUAACUGGCUUUAUUUUGGUUAUUGGGAAAGAUAGAACAUGUCUAUAAAUGAGAAGAUGACCUUUGUAUUUAUGUUUCAAUCAAGGUGAUGGUUGAGCAAUGGAAAUACAUCAUCAAAAUUUAAGUGUAAAGGUUUAAUCAAAUCACUAUAAAGACUGUUAA